UCGUUUAAUCAUUCGCAAAAAAAAACCUAGCAACGCAUAAACAAAUGCGAAGAAAAACCCCCUAUAUCGAUUUCCACUAAGUGCGGUCAGCGCAAAAAGUGGAUAAUAGAACUCACUGGAUAGGGAAUUAAAUCGAAGGACCCAGGAUUGACAUCAUAAUGCCGCAGGACGAGGGAAAUAACGGGACAACGGCCCAGCUCGAUGACGAAAUCGAGAAUGUGCGUGUGGUGGUGCGAACCCGACCCAUGGAUAAAAAUGAGUUGUCCGCCGGAGCGCUAAGUGCAAUAUCCGUGGAUAAGAUCAACCGGGCCAUAACGGUGAUGAAACCCAAUGCCACGGCCAAUGAACCACCGAAAACCUACUAUUUCGAUAAUGUAUUCGAUGGGGGUUCCAAUCAAAUGGAUCUCUAUGUGGACACCGCUCGUCCGAUUGUGGACAAGGUACUGGAGGGCUAUAAUGGCACCAUUCUGGCCUAUGGACAAACGGGCACUGGGAAAACCUAUACCAUGUCUGGAAACCCGGAUUCGCCGCAAACAAAGGGCAUAAUUCCCAAUGCGUUUGCGCAUAUCUUUGGGCACAUCGCAAAGGCCAAGGAAAACCAGAAGUUCCUGGUGCGAGUCAGCUAUAUGGAGAUAUAUAACGAAGAGGUGCGGGAUCUGCUGGGAAAGGAUGUGGGCAAGAGUCUGGAGGUGAAGGAGAGACCCGAUAUAGGGGUCUUUGUCAAGGAUCUCAGCGGCUAUGUGGUGCACAACGCCGAUGAUCUGGAGAAUAUCAUGCGAUUGGGUAACAAAAAUCGCGCAGUGGGAGCCACCAAAAUGAACGAGGAGAGUUCCAGAUCCCAUGCCAUCUUCUCUAUAACUGUGGAGCGAAGUGAACUGGGCGAAGGUGGUGUCCAGCAUGUGAGGAUGGGUAAGCUACAGCUGGUGGAUCUUGCCGGUUCCGAGAGGCAGUCCAAAACCCAAGCCAGUGGACAGCGACUCAAAGAAGCCACCAAGAUCAAUCUUUCGCUUUCGGUGCUGGGAAAUGUCAUCAGUGCUCUGGUCGAUGGAAAAAGCACCCAUAUACCAUACAGGAACUCCAAGUUAACUCGUCUGCUGCAGGAUUCCCUGGGAGGUAACUCGAAGACCGUGAUGUGUGCCACUAUCAGUCCAGCGGAUAGCAACUACAUGGAAACUAUAUCCACUCUGCGCUAUGCUAGUCGUGCUAAGAAUAUCCAGAAUCGCAUGCACAUCAAUGAGGAGCCCAAAGAUGCUUUGCUUCGUCACUUUCAGGAGGAGAUUGCUCGUCUUCGCAAGCAAUUGGAGGAGGGCAGCAGCUUGGAGGAGGAGCCGCCCAGUUCGGACGAAGAGGAGGAUACAGCUGAUGAUGAACUGGAGGCACCCCUGGAGAUCGAAAUGGAGUCUUCAACAGUCCAAGCCGUGGAGAAGAAACCAAAGAAGAAGCGGGAGAAAACCGAUGCGGAGAAGGAGGAACUGGCUCAGCGUAAAAACGAGCAUCAGAAGGAAAUCGAGCAUGCUAAAACGGAGCAGGAAACGCUUCGUAACAAACUGGUAUCCUUAGAGGGCAAAAUCCUUGUUGGCGGCGAGAAUCUUCUGGAGAAGGCCCAAACUCAAGAGAUGCUGCUAGAGCAAUCCAUUGCCGAGCUGGAAAAACAUGAGAAAUCCGAGGAGGCACUCAAGCAAACGCUGCAGCAAAAGGCCACCGAAAGGAUUGACAUUGAAGAGAGGUAUUCUACGCUCCAAGAUGCCAGUACAGGCAUUACUAAAAAGAUCCAUCGGGUGAUGCAGAUGUUGAUGGGUGUAAAAUCGGAGCUGGCAGAUCAGCAGCAGGAACACCAGCGCGAAAAGGAGGGAAUCUACGAGAAUAUCAGGAGCCUGUCCAGAGAACUCGCUUUGUGCGAGUUGGUCCUAAAUUCCUAUGUGCCCAAGGAGUACCAAUCGAUGAUCAAUCAGUAUACCCACUGGAACGAGGACAUCGGGGAGUGGCAGCUUAAAUGUGUGGCCUACACGGGAAACAACAUGAGGAAGCACAUCUCGGCCCAUAAGACCAGUGGCAAGGAACCCGAAUUCCUCGAUCUCUCGCAUGUCUAUCUCAGUUACAACACCGAUGGAGUGUCCAAUCCACUGCGCUCCAAAUCCGCCAGGCCAAGGACUUCGGGCGUUCCCAGACCCACAACUGCCAGGCGAUAUUGAAGGGAGUUUUGGAAGGACAAUCGACUGCUAGACCAGAUGCACUUCCUCAGCGGUCUGCGCGUCCAGUUUUGGUUUCUUCUACUGCUAAUCCUGAUUUUCUACAGCCUCAAGUUUAUUUGCUCAGCGAAUUUCCUUUUUGUUAGACCUUAGUUUUUGUUGAUUUAUUGUUUAGGACAUACUUUUUAGGUUGAACAACGGUGCAAUACAUUUACAACUGUGUUUGUAAUUUUAAUUUUUAACUUAUAUCUAUUUUAUAAUGCUUAUAAUUAAGUAGAAACAAGAUUUUACUCGAAUAGGCACAAACAUAAGGUAUUAUUGAUGUGCUCUUGGCUUUUAAAUAAAAAUAUUAUACUCACAGA